CUCAACACAUCAUGAAUGUUUAAACUUUCUUCUCUUUUUGCAGCACCCAAACCUCCACCCAAUAUAACAGGUUCUUCUCUUCUAUGUGCACAUCAGUCGACUCAACAACCUACCACAUCAACGACUACAACUGAUACUGAAAUUCCUCCGACAACGGGAAUUAAGAAUACCUCUAUAGUCGCCAUUGGAGUGGUGGCCUCUUUAAUAAUUCUGAGCUCCUGCAUUGUCAUCUAUAAAUAUUGCAUGACAGUUUCGGAUUUUGAAAUCAUCCCCUUGACCCCCAUGGUUCCAGUCUCUGUGGUUGUGGUGUACCCGGCGGAGUCGCCUGCCUUUCAGAGGGCGGUGGUGGCACUGGCAGAGUUCCUGCAGUGGCAUGGUGGCUGCAGAGUGGCGAUUGAUAUGUGGCAGCAGGAAAAAAUUGCAGAACUGGGACCACUGCGCUGGUUAGCUGACCAAGUGAAGAAUGCCGACCGUGUGCUGAUCGUCUCUCCUCAGGCGAAAACUACCUCCUCCUUGCAGGGACACUCUACUCCCACCAAGAGCCUCCCAGAGCAUUCCAUCCCAGCUGCAGCUCAUGACCUUUACCCUCUGGUUCUCAAUAUGGUGGCCAGUCAUGCUAAGAGUGCCACUGAGCUGGCAAGGUUCUGGGUGGUGAAGCUGCAUCCAAAAAACAACAAGAAGUCUUGUGUGCUGCUGCCAGAGCUUUGUACAUGCAAGAUUUUCUGUCUGAUAAAAGAUUUAAACAAACUCUGCAAGAAUCUUCACGCUGAGAAGGCCGGCAAGAAGAUAUGGUCGAUUUUGGUCAAACCCGAAGCUUUCUACAAUCAAAAUAGUACUGCCAAAUUAAGGGAGGCUAUAGAAAUGCUAGGUGCAAAUAAACCACAAAUCUCUAAUGGGAUUAACCAUCCAGACCUGUGUUGAAAAGGUUGAGGGGAUACGUGGAUAAAUAUAUGAUCUAUUUUUUAUACUCCAGCUUAUUUGUGCUUGAUAAUGUUUUUUCUUGAUCGUAACAAUUUCAGACUAUUAGUACGUAUUUUAUUUUGAGAUUUCUAAAUAGCAUUUAAUAGGCAAAUUGUUAUAGGAGUGAUUCAAUGUCAGAAACGCAUAGCUGUCAUGGUUACAAUUGCAAAAAGGUACUUUACUUUUAUUUGCUUCAUUGUUAAAAUAUUUGGCGCCUGAGUUAGUAAUCAUCACUUCAGAUUUGAUGUGAUAGACCAACACAAAGUAUAAUGUGAGAGCAGGCAGGAAAUGACAUGUUUUUCCAUAAAUAAUCACCAACGAAAUAUGAAAAGGAGUGUCUGUAUCAGUAUCUAACUUUACUCUAAUACUUCUAAGUAAAAUCUAUUGCCACCAGUUGCCUUCAGGUGACUCAUAUCCUAUAAAAAGGGAUUGCCUGUUAAAAAAGUGUGUUCUAUGCUUAUUUAUUAGUUGGUUUGUGAUAAGCUCUGAGAUUUGUUGAAGAGAUUAAAUGAUCAUACUAACAAAAUCAAGAAGACGACGACCAGACCAGGCAGGUCAGUUUAAAGCUGGAUUUGAUUAUGAAACAAUAUCCUAAACUUUGAACAGCUCACAAAGCUAGUUCUGUUUGAUUUAUCACCCUAAUCUGGAAAUAUUAUGGAAAAACUGCAAGCCUGAAGUCCACCUAGCCGUCAGCUUAAACUUAAAGGCCAGGUAAGGAGAACAUACUGAAAUAAAAGCAGCCCAGAGCUCCAUGGUGUUUUUAGAGGAGCUGCAGGGAAUCCACAGCUCAGGUGGAAAAGCCUUUUGAAAAAUGACAGUUUUAUGUCAUGCACUCCAUUAAUCUAAACCUUUUUGGAUAUUUUAAUGAGUGAUAAGAAGAAAGAAUUGAUAUUCCCUUUUCGUGUAUUUAAAAUGUUAUGUUUGAGUACAGACUGCACAUAACCCUGAACCCAGCUUACCUGCCAAGUAAUAUGGAGGUGGUCAAAUCAUGUAUGUGUGUAAGAAUGGCCCAGUCUAAUCCUACACCUGGUUUUUAAUAUACUACUUAAGGCUAACUUUCUUUCCGAGAUGAGACUAUUAUAAUCUCAAUUUGUAAAGUGACCUUGAGUGUUUUAAAAGGUGCUUGUAAUUCAAACUUAAUAUUAUAAAAUAUAUCACA